AUGUUCAAUACAUCGGUUGGUCGACUUAUUCGUAAACCUUUACCAGUGUCUAAACAAUUCUCAUCGUCUGCAUUCAAAAUGGUUAAAGAAUAUCUUGUUAUUGUCCCAGACAAGGCUGGUGCUUUACAGAAGAGACUUGAAGUCCGUCCCAAGCAUUUGGAAAACGCUGCUGUUGCUCACGGCAAGGGAAUUGUCACUGUUGGAGGUGGUUAUGCCGACGAGUUCCCUGCUGAGGGUGCCACUCCCGAGUUCAAGGGCUCUGCUCUUUCCGUGGUUGCUGACUCUAAGCAAGAGGUCAUUGACUUCCUCAAGAAGGACAUCUACUACACCUCCGGAGUCUGGGACGUCGACAACGCUCAAAUCUACGCUGUAAGUACACUUCUUUCUUUGUCAUCUACAACUGUUGCCACUGUGAAUACUAACAACUCUAGUACUUCGUGGGUUUCCGCUCCCCCAAAAACUAAGUUCUGUUCGUAA